AUGUCUACACUAGUGGUGUCUCCCGACAUCAAGGUAGAUUUAGUGUCAGUUCUAUAUUGGAUUCGCUACCUGUUGUGCAACCAAUCGUGCAAGCCGGAUCCAAUAGAUGCAUGUGGAGUUGAUCCAGCAAAAAUUACUCUUGUUGGACAUAGUCUAGGAGCUCAUAUAGCCGGUGUAGCGGGAAAUAAAGUCAAGCAAAAUACUAAUAAGCUUCUACGUCGAAUAACAGGUCUUGAUCCAGCGGGGCCUUGUUUUAGUAACGUGCAUUUAGAUGGUAGACUUGAUAAACAAGACGCCGAAUACGUUGACGUACUACACACUAACGCUGGUUUAUUGGGGUUAAAUUUGCCUGUAGGACACAAGGAUUUUUAUCCGAAUAGUGGAAUGUACCAGCCCGGUUGCUUUCUGUCUACUUGUGAUCAUAGCCGAGCUUGGGAAUUGUAUGCCGAAUCGAUGAAUAAUUCCGAUAUCUUCCCAGCACGCAAAUGCGAAAAUUGGACUUCAUUUAAAAAUGGUAUGUGCUCGAAGAAUGAGAUAGCAUAUAUGGGUGUUAACUCUGAACCUGGCUCUCCAGGUUUGUAUUUUUUAUCAACUGGGUCCUCGUCUCCUUAUGGUUUGGGUGCAUCAGGAAGCGGGUGA